AUAAUUAAUUUAGCAGUACGUAUUUUUGACAGUUAAUCAUAAAUCAGUAGAUAGAGGUUAAUAUAAUUAAGGAUUUUUAAAACAAACUUUACUUCAAAAAAUGUUUCACACUACAAACAACAAGAGUGCAACUUCUAAAAUGACAUUUAUAUCUAGUGCUGUUAUCUAUUCGUGUAUUUUUAUUUUUGAAUGGAUUGGAAAAAUUGAAGGAUAUCCUACUAUUAAUGAUACGAAUUUAGUUGCACUUAGAAUAACUGGCGGUAAAGAAGCCAUACCACAUUCUUACCCUUACCAAGUUGGCCUUCUGUUAGAUAGAAGAGCUUUCUGCGGAGGAGUGCUAAUAUCUACUUGCCAUGUACUUACAGCAGCACACUGCGUUGAGACAGCCUCUUUUAUAGAGAUUUACUUGGGUUUUCACAACCUUAAAAUAACGGAAGACACUCAAAAGAUUUUAUACAAUCCUAAAGUCAUUAUUCAUGAGCAUUACAAUGCCACGUCAAUGCAAAAUGACAUUGCCAUUCUCAAAUUACCAAAAUCAGUCCAAUUUACCUUUGCUAUAAGACCUAUAUCCAGAAUGGCCGAUGAUGACUCUGGAUUUUUUAUAGGACACACUGGUGUUUUAUCAGGAUGGGGCUUUGCUUAUCAUAAUUCAAAUAAACUCGAAUGUAAGCUGAAGGAAGUACGUUUGGAUAUUAUUGCUAACAAACGUUGCUCAAUAUUGUGGUACGCCUCAAGAUCAGGAAUUUCGGAUUCUCAACUAUGCACAGCAGGUAGCGAUAGCAUUGUUGGUAAUGUAGGAGCAUGCUUUGGCGACUCCGGAGGGCCUUUGGUUGUCAAUGAUGUUUUAGUUGGAUUGGUAUCUUUUGGAAAUGAAAUUUGUGAAGCAGGUUUUCCUACUGUUUAUACAAGGAUUAGUAAAUUCCGAUAUUGGAUUUCUAAAUAUACCGGUCUGUAAGUCUAUAUUACUUUAGUAAAUAAGCUUUUAAUUGAAGUUAUAUACUGAUGAAUUUAUUUUUUAUUUAUUUUCUUUUAAAUCGUUAGGUUUUAUAUAAAUUUUGUAUUUUAUAUUUCUUGUGAUUUAUAUUUUUUAAAUACUCUUGCUCAUUAAAUGUUUGUUAUAAGUAUUUAUUUUAUAAUAAAAUCUAAUAGAUAGUUGUUUAAUAGUAAAUAACUAAAGUUAUAUACUGCUUAAUUUAUUAUUUAUUUAUUCCCUAAUUAAGUCGUUAGAUUUUGUAUAAAUUAUGUGUCUUAUAUUUCUUAUGGUUUAUAUUUAUUAAAUAUUUUUGCCUAUGAAA